GCUUCCUGUGAGGUCAGGUGAGAGGAAGCGGCCUCGCAGCCGCCACCAGUGGACGCCGCGGGGCCGGAGCCGCGUCCGCAGGUGCAGCCCAGCAGAAACCAGCAGCUCCUGGAAGGAUGGUGCGGAUCCUGGCCAAUGGGGAAAUUGUGCAAGAUGAUGACCCCCGAGUGAGGACCAGUGCCCCGGCGGCGGCGGUGAGAGGUGGCAGUCCCCGGCAGAGCUUUCUCCACAGGGGCCACGGUGUGCCCCCAGGGGGUCCUGGUCCCCGCCAGCAGCAGCAGGCAGGUGCCAGGCUGGGCGCUGCCCAGUCCCCGUUCAGUGACCUCAACCGGCAGCUGGUGCACAUGGGCUUCCCACAGUGGCAUCUCGGCAACCACACGGUGGAGCCGGUGACCUCCAUCCUGCUCCUCUUCCUGCUCAUGAUGCUCGGCGUGCGUGGCCUCCUGCUGGUGGGCCUGGUCUACCUGGUGUCCCACCUGAGUCAGCGGUGACCUCCGGGGCCGAGGGGGCGGGGCCUGGGUGGGGGAUCUGCGGUGCCUUGACUGAGGGAUCAGGGAAGGGACUGGGGGUCGGGUUUCCCCGGUGUGUUCAGCAUGAGGCAGAGGGAGUCUGGGCCAGCCUCCCAUUCCCACAGUGUGGAGUGGCUGCCCUGGUCCACUCGAGAUAUUUUUGGGUAGCAUAGGGCCUACUUAUGUGGCACAGAAUCAGAGCAAGAAAGCAAUUCUCUUUCUAGUUCUCGUGUAAUCCUUUUGUGCAAGAAGAGAGACUCGGGGGGUGCCGGCGUGUUCUGAGGCCCCUGGAGCUCCCGCUGAUCUCCCUCUUCCCGGGGGCAGGACGUGGGGCGGGGUCCACGUACAAGGUUCCAGACUUUUAUAGCGCCAUCUUUGUUUCCAUGACGUAUUUCUAUUGGCUGCCUUUUAUUUCUGACAAGGGGGAUUGGCAUUGUAUUUAUUGUGGUAUUUACAAUAAAUAGA